CAGCGGCUGCGUUUCCGGUCGGACGCCUUUGCCCAGCGCCCCGCGUCCCUAGGGGGCGGCGGCGGCCGCGUCGGCCGAGGUAGCGGGGGGGAUCCGGAAGUCAGCACCAUGUCGAGUCUGCACAAGAGCCGGAUUGCAGAUUUCCAGGAUGUCCUGAAGGAGCCCACGAUUGCCUUGGAAAAGCUUCGGGAUCUCAGUUUCAGUGGCAUCCCCUGUGAGGGCGGACUGCGGUGCCUCUGCUGGAAGAUUCUCUUGAACUACCUCCCCUUGGAGAGAGCCUCAUGGAGCUCCAUCCUGGCCAAGCAGAGGGAGCUAUAUUCUCAGUUCCUGAGGGAAAUGAUCAUCCAGCCCGGCAUUGCCAAGGCCAACAUGGGUGCGUCCAGGGAGGAUGUGACCUUUGAGGACCAUCCACUCAACCCCAACCCUGACAGCCGGUGGAACACGUACUUCAAGGACAACGAGGUGCUGCUGCAGAUUGACAAGGAUGUCCGGAGGUUGUGCCCAGACAUAUCCUUCUUUCAGAGGGCCACCGAGUAUCCCUGCCUCCUCAUCCUGGACCCCCAGAAUGAGUUUGAGACCCUUCGUAAGCGGGUGGAACAGACAACGCUGAAAUCCCAGACAGUGGCCCGGAACCGGAGUGGGGUCACAAACAUGAGCUCCCCACACAAGAACUCUACGUCUUCGGCCCUCAAUGAGUACGAGGUGCUGCCCAACGGCUGCGAGGCCCACUGGGAGGUAGUGGAGCGGAUCUUGUUCAUCUACGCCAAGCUCAACCCUGGCAUUGCUUACGUGCAGGGCAUGAAUGAAAUCGUGGGGCCCCUCUACUAUACCUUUGCCACUGACCCCAACAGCGAGUGGAAAGAGCACGCUGAGGCAGACACCUUUUUCUGCUUUACCAACCUCAUGGCUGAGAUCCGGGACAACUUCAUCAAGAGCCUGGAUGACUCACAAUGUGGCAUCACCUACAAGAUGGAAAAGGUCUACUCCACCUUGAAGGAUAAGGACGUGGAACUCUACCUGAAACUGCAAGAGCAGAACAUCAAGCCGCAGUUCUUCGCCUUCCGCUGGCUGACGCUGCUGCUCUCCCAGGAGUUCUUGCUGCCUGACGUCAUCCGGAUCUGGGACUCCCUCUUUGCCGAUGACAGCCGCUUUGACUUCCUCCUCCUCGUGUGCUGUGCCAUGCUCAUACUGAUCCGGGACCAGUUGCUGGAAGGGGACUUUACAGUGAACAUGCGGCUCCUGCAGGAUUACCCCAUCACAGAUGUCUGCCAGAUCCUACAGAAAGCCAAGGAACUCCAAGACUCAAAGUAGCCUGGCAGCAAGCGGCCUGGGUUUGGAAGAGAAGCCGCAGACCCCUGUGCCCUGGCUUCUGGGAUACGCAGAUGCCUGUGGGAUCCCAGCCUGAGAGGAAGCUGCAGGAGUGGCCUACUCCAGGCCUCCCCACUCUAUGCCGUUCCCACCGGGGCACACUGUGCCAUGCUCCUUCUGACCACCGAGCCCUGGCUCCCUCCUCACCCUGCCACCCUGGGACCCUUUGCCCAGGCUGCCAAGCAAGGCUGGAGCUUGUGAAGUUGUUUCCUGGGGCUGGGGCAGAUUGGGGGCACUGGGGGCUGACAAGGGUUCCUCCCUGCCUCUGCUCUGCUGCUCCCUUCCUCCUCUCCUCUCUGGUCUUCUUCUGGGCUCUCUUGGGUUUCUGGCAAAUGAGCCAGAAACCACUUCUGGGGGCUGGUGCUUAGGCUUCUCCAUGGGGAAGGUGACACUGAAGGAGCUAAGAAGCUGCCUGGCCCAGGUCACACCCUCUGUCCCCCUCCCACUGUCUGUCUAUAGUCAUGAGUUGGUGUGUGUGUGUCUGUUCAUCCCCAGGUAUCUGCUUCUGUGUGUGUGUGUGUGUAUGAGGGAGGGGAGGUACCUUGCAUCCCUCUAGGUCUCUGCUUCUCCUCCUCUGUCUCUCUCCCUCUCUCUGCCUGUCUCCUUCUCUUCUCCCUCCGCCUCUUUCACAGAGGGUGUGUGUGACUCUCGCUCUGUCUGCUCCUCUCUCCAUUGCUCUCCCUCUGCCCCUCUCUCUUGGGGUGCCUUAUCCCCAGCCUCUUCCUCUCCCUCCUCCCUUCCACUCCUGUGAACCCUGGAGACAGAAUGAGGAGUCUGGCUCAGCAAAGCCCCUGGAGGUCAACCUUGGCCUUUGCACCCCGUUCCCCUCCGCCAGUCCUAGGCGCCCAGGUCCCCCAGACUGGGAGGGCGUCCACAGUGCCUCACUGGAGCGCCCUGAAUCUGCUCCCCAUGACAUAUCUGGAAACCAAAAGCUGCCAGGAAAUGAUGGCCCGUGAAGCGUUGAGCCUCUUCCCCUCCUCUCUGCCCAGGGAUGGGGGAGGGAGAAGAGGGGGAGCUGCGGCUCCCAGAGAGUCCCCAAAAGGCCCUUCUCUCCCAAAGGAAAAGGACAUGAAGGUGAUUGUGUUUCAGGGGUUGGGAAGAGUAGUGAUUCUCAUGGCUUCCAGGUCUCAGCCCAGGGUGGUGAGUCCCAUAAAGGGCAAGUGGGACCCAAGGGAGCCUCCCUGCACUGGGCGUAGCUGAGCUCAAAGGCCCUGGAUCCUGGCAGUGCCAGGAGAGCCGCAUCUUCCCCCAAGCAGGCUGCAGGGGAUGCUGGCCUGUCUCUGGUCACCUGCUUGGGCUGUCCCAGGAUUUGGGGCAAAUGUCCUCUGAGCAGGAGCAGCUGGCUACUCCCGCUGCUGGGCUGUUGGAGUAGUGGCCGUAUUCUGACCAAGUCCCCUCCUUCUGUGAGGAGGCUGGUGGUUUGGGUCUGGAAGGCUGGGUAACGUAGCAAGGGUCCUAAACCUCUCCUCAGACUGGCCAGCAGGGCCCUCUUCCCCCAAAGCCUUCCUGAGUCUGGCAGCCAGGACUUCCUGCUGCCCACGCUGGCCAGGCUGUGGGCCUGGAACAGCUCUCAGGUGGCUCCUUUGCCAGGCUGUGCCCUGGGUGCUUCGGGGACUUCAUGCACUUGCCUUUUUGCCUCCUUUCCCAACACACAGUAUUUGGGAGAUUUUUACUAUUUAUUUAGACUCCUGGUUAUUUAUUGCAGAUUGGCAAGUGCUGGGCUUGAGGAUAAAGGGUGGGGCUGGGAAAGCAGAAAGGAGUUGGAGACGCGGUCUGACCUCCCUUCCAAGGUCAGAGUCGGCAUCCCGCCCCCUGCCUCUGGGACCUUCCUGGUUUUCAGCAGGUCCUGUCCACGAAGGCUCUGAGCUUUCUACUGGCGCUAAGUGUGAGGGAGACAGGAGAGCUGGUAUCCUUACCAGGCUUCAAGAGCCAGGCACGAGGCAGAGACACGCCUUCCCACCGGUCGGGCUCACCCUCUUCCCAGAACUUGUUCGCUCCCAACUUUGACCCCUUCACAGCCUGAGGCUCGGGCCACAGCCUGGGACCCAGCAGACACUGCCCAGGACACCUGAUGCAUUCCCUCUCGCCUGACCCCUGCCUUCCCUCCUGGGGCCACACUACUUGAAUCACUGCGUCUAAUUUGCCUCAGUCAGACCUGGGCCCGGUGCCUUCUUGACCUUGGGUUGAAGGUCAGGAGCACAGGGACGUGUCCAGGUUAGGCUGAGCUCCCCACUGGGAUCCUGCCUGAGGAAAGCACCUGCCCUAGGUGAUCCCCCUCCCCAGACUCUCCAGGGAGGUCCCCAGAGAGCCAGAGUGCCUGAGGCUUCCUGCUUGGAGAGCUGCCCCCAGGACUUUGGACCCUUACAGAUGGGGCUGGCUGAAUUCAGCAGUCUCACUCCAGAGGGUCGGAACGUUAGUCUGCUUCUGUUCGUUCAUCAGUUUCGUUCUUAAAUCAGUGCUGUUGAUGACAAGUUGUCUUUAAUAAAUCAUGUGUUCUUUGCAAUGGG